CUCGUGGCUCGUCCAGAUGUGGUGGAGAUGCACGAUGUGACGGCUCAGGAGCCCAAGCUGCUGGUCCACCUGAAGGCCACCAGGAACACCGUGCCGGUACCGCGCCACUGGUGCUUCAAGCGGAAGUAUUUGCAGGGCAAGCGAGGUAUAGAGAAGCCCCCGUUUGAGCUGCCAGAGUUCAUCAGGAGGACAGGAAUCCAGGAGAUGAGGGAGGCUCUGCAGGAGAAGGAGGACGCCAAAACUAUGAAAACUAAAAUGAGAGAGAAGGUUCGUCCAAAGAUGGGGAAGAUCGACAUCGACUACCAGAAGCUCCACGACGCUUUCUUCAAAUGGCAGAUCAAACCCAAACUCACCAUCCACGGAGACCUUUACUAUGAGGGUAAAGAGUUUGAGACCCGUCUCAAAGAGAAGAAGCCAGGAGAUCUUUCUGAUGAGCUGCGAAUCGCUCUCGGGAUGCCCGUGGGACCGAAUGCACACAAGGUGCCCCCUCCCUGGCUCAUAGCCAUGCAGAGGUACGGACCCCCUCCCUCGUACCCAAACCUCAAGAUCCCUGGACUCAACUCGCCCAUCCCAGAUAACUGCACCUUCGGUUACCACGCCGGAGGCUGGGGGAAGCCGCCGGUCGAUGAGAUGGGCAAACCACUUUACGGGGACGUGUUCGGGACAAAUUCAGCUGACUUCCAGGCUAAAGCAGAGGAGGAGGAGGUGGACCACACCCCGUGGGGGGAGCUGGAGCCGUCCGAUGAAGAAUCGUCCGAGGAGGAAGAGGAAGAGGAGAGCGACGAAGAGAAGCCAGACGAAACUGGAUUCUUCACGCCCGCUGAUAGUGGGCUGAUCACACCUGGAGGCUACUCUACGGUCCCAACCGGGAUGGAGACUCCAGAGAUUGAGCUCAGGAAGAAGAAGAUUGAGGAGGCCAUGGAUGGGAAUGAGACGCCGCAGCUUUUCACUGUACUACCAGAGAGACGAGCUGGCUCCAUAGGAGGAGCCAUGAUGGGCUCGACACACAUCUACGACAUGUCAGGGGCUAUGGUGAGCCGUAAGGUCGGUGGAGGGCAGGAAUCCCAGGGAGUGGAGGUGGCCCUGGCCCCCGAGGAGCUGGAGCUUGACCCGAUGGCCAUGACACAGAAGUAUGAGGAGCACGUCAGAGAGCAGCAGGCCCAGGUGGAGAAGGAGGACUUCAGUGACAUGGUGGCUGAGCACGCUGCCAAACAGAAGCAAAAAAAGAGGAAGGCCCAGCCACAGGACACACGAGGCAGCGCCAAGAAAUACAAAGAGUUCAAGUUCUAGAGAAACGGCGAGGCGACGCACCGCGAUGGAUUUGGCCACAACAGGAAGUGAACGAGAAUGAGACGUGCUCAAGUUUCCGAGGAGGCAGUCUGCAGCACCAAUCAGCUGUCAGAUCAGUAACCAGUGAAUACAGGUUCUGUUCCUUCGUCAUAGUUUAUAUUUCAACAAUGUCGGCAGACUGGAUUCGUGUAAUUGCUUUCAUAUGAGAAUGGUAUUUCCUCUGUUUAACUCUUACUUUGAAGGUCCUUUUUUCAUUUUUUUUUCUUUUGUAAAUAAAGAAGAUGAUUAAACAUCCA